AUGGCACCGUACAAGGCACUAUAUGGUCGUAGGUGUCGUACUCCUACGUGUUGGAUUGAGUUGGGUGAGCGGCGAGUUCUGGGGCCAGAUUUAGUAUCUAAUAUCGGGGAUAAGGUAAAACUGAUUCGAGACCGAUUGAAAGAAGCAUCUGAUAGGCAAAAGUCUUAUGCGGAUCUUAAACACCAAGAGAUUGAAUAUCCCGUGGGGGACUUCGUGUUUCUCAAGGUCUCUCCAUGGAAGAAGAUACUGAGAUUUGGGUGGAAAGGCAAGCUGAGCCCUAGGUUCAUUGGGCCUUACCACAUACUGAAGUGUGUUGGACCGGUUGCUUAUCAACUUGACUUGCCUCCAGAGUUGGACCAGAUCCAUGAUGUGUUUCACGUCUCCAUGCUGAGGCAUUACUGCUCUGAUCCUAUGCAUAUAGUGCCAGUUGAGGAGAUCGAGGUUAGGCCUGAUCUGACCUUCGAGGAGAAACUGGUGCAGAUACUAGAUCGUGACUUUAAGAUACUGAGGAGGAACUCUGUUCCACUAGUCAAAGUGCUAUGGUGCAAUCAUAAUACAAAAGAGGCCACGUAG